ACAUGGAAUAAUUUUUCCUUCCCUUGGAUGAGCCCCUCACCCCAUUCAUCCAGAUCCUUUCAUUCUUUAUUUCCAUUCUGGAUCCUUCCAUUCAUUCUCUCUCUCUCUCUCAUCUCCUCCCUUUCUUUUCUCUGUUCUUUUUUAGUUGUCUUUUGACCCCCCCUCCCCUCUUUAUCUAUUAUUCUACCCAUUCGAUCUCGCCCAAAUCCACUUCACUCUUCAAUGUGAAACUCGCAGACAUGGUGUAUCUUUGAUUGUUCAUUGUAGGAUUUUACACAGAGCUUGGAAAUAUUAGGAUUUCUGUAUUCUUCCAUCUUUCUACUGAUAUUUGUGGGAGCUCCUUUGCGGAGAUGUAUACACUCUUGUUAAGCCCUCCACCAGCCAACAAUGCUGGGAUUGUAACUACUGGCACAAUUGUGUCUAUGGUAAUAUUUGCACUCAAUGGCAUUAUCUUAUUGGUUUGCGCUAAGAAAAAGAGAAGAGAAAUGGUUUCAGAACUGCAAAGACCUGUGGCUCCACCGCUGACCUUUGUUGUGGGAAGAGAAAUUGUUUCAGAACUAAGAGAAAUUGUUUCAGAACUGCAAGGACCUAUGGCUCCACCGCUGACCUCUGUUGUGGAAAGAGAAAUUGUUUCAGAACUGAAAGAAAUUGUUUCAGAACUGAAAGGAUCUGUGGCUCCACCGCCAACCUCUGUUGUGGGAAGAGAAAUUGUUUUAGAACUGAGAGAAAUUGUUUUAGAACUGAGAGAAGUUGUUUCAGAACUGCAAGGACCUGUGGCUCCACCGCCAACUUCUAUUGUGGGAAGAGAAAUUGAUUCAGAACUGAGAGAAAUUGUUUCAGAACUACAAGGACCUGAGGCUCCACCACCGAGCUUUGUUGUGGUUCAAGUUUUGGAAAUUGAUGUGCCAACAAUGGAGAGGUUCCUCCAAGACAUGGCGCAGGAGAAACUGAUUAGAUUCACAGCCCAACAACUAUGUAGUUUAACAACUAAUUAUUCUACAAGGUUGGGUUCUGGAGGUUUUGGGAUUGUUUACAAGGGUCAAUUUCCAAAUGGAGUUAAGAUCGCAGUUAAGGUCCUCAAUAGGAGCUCGAAUAAAGGAGCUGACGAACAGUUCAUGGCAGAGGUGAGCACUAUUGGAAGAACAUACCAUAUAAAUCUAGUAAGGCUAUAUGGUUUUUGCCACGAUAACUUCAUGAGCGCAUUAGUGUAUGAGUACAUGGAAAAUGGAUCACUAGAUAAAUACAUUUUCAGUGAUACACAAGCAAUUAAGUGGGAGAAGUUGCAUGAGAUCGCGAUUGGGACAGCAAAAGGUAUUGCUUACAUGCACGAAGAGUGUCAGCAUAGGAUCAUUCACUAUGACAUAAAACCCAGUAAUGUUUUGUUAGAUGCCAAUUUUUCUCCCAAAGUUGCUGAUUUUGGGCUGGCAAAGAUUUGCAAUAGAGAGAAGACACAUGACUCUUCUGCAGGAUAUAGAGGGACUCCUGGUUACUCAGCCCCAGAGUUUCUUCUCAAGAAUUAUCCCAUCACAUAUAAAUGUGAUGUUUAUAGUUUUGGUAUGCUUUUGUUUGAGAUAAUAGGGAGGAGGAGGAAUGUUAGAGUUAGUCAUGCUGCCAAGGCUGAUGAGAGCAUGGAUUGGUUCCCAAAACAUGUAUGGGAUGAGUUUGAGAAAGGCCAGUUAGAGGCAAUGAUAUUGUCAUAUGGAAUUGAAGAGAAUGAGAGAGAGAAAGCAAAGAGAAUGGCAAUGGUGGCUUUGUGGUGUGUUCAGGAUUCGCCCAAGACUAGACCAUUGAUGAGUUUUGUGGUGAAAAUGUUGGAGGGAGGUGUGGAGGUGAAGCCGCCUCCUAAACCAUUCUUAUAUUUGUUUUCUGUAGGGAUUAAUAUCCUCAAUCCAUCAAACAGUUCAAACAAUAUAAGCAAUGAAAGAGCUGAUACACAUUGGUACAAGGAAACCACUCCCAUCAUGGCUAAGUACGAGAUAGAAAUGGCCAGCUCAAGCUAAAAGAAAAAAGCGAUUGUAAUAUUAAUUGUAAAACCAUUGUAAUAUUAAAAACCAUUGUAUCCUUUGCAUUUUGUUAGUUUGUUUGUCUUUUAUAAGGAUUUAUGAGGGGCAAUAUUAAUUUCUCUAAUUUGUAUUUCAAGAGAAA